AUGCUUCCUGAAUCUUCAGAAAAUCCUAGAGCAAAAUUAGAUCAAUUAAAACAAGAGCAUGACAUUCAAAGUAAAAUAGUACUAUGUGCAAAAAAACUAUUACAUGAUCAAGCAAAAGGAAAUUCAAAUUUAUUAGAUUCCGUUUUAAAACAACGUUUUGAAUUUUAUACUUGUGUGAAAGAAAAACUUGAUCGAUUAACAAAAUUAAUCGAUACUAUACAAAAAGAAAUUAAUUCUCGUUAUCCUUAUGCUGAAACUAGUCCAAUUAAAUCAUCAACAGCGACGAGUGGUAGUCCGCCCCCAAAUUCAUAUGUCCAAAGAUAUCAACAACGGAAAAAGAGUCCUUCACCAACCCAACAAUUAAAUCGUACAUCAUCAUACAAACGAGCAUUAGUACAUAAUCAACGUUCUACUCCAUCAGGAGUUACAGAUGGCCAUUCAUCUGAAUUUGAUAAUCAAGUUUUAUUAUCACCAACAUUAGAUAGAAGUCAAUCAUCUGAUCGCCUUGUUAGUAAUUUACCUCUUGAUUCAUCAAAUAAUCGUCAACAACAACAACAACAACAACAGCAACAACAACAACAACAACAUACAGCAUAUAUUCUUCAACCCCCUCCAGCAAGCUCUUCAAAUAAUGCUUCUCGUAAUCGAAUUCGUGAUCGUAAACAACAACCAAGUUCACGUCAAGGACAAAAAACGACAGCAACAAGUAAUUCGAUGCCUGAUGAACAAUCUCAACAACAAUCAGCACAUAUGCGUAGUCUUGAUAGACGUCAUGUACGUGCUGUACCACAUAAUUCAUCAAUUAAUUCAACAAUGUCAAAAACUCAUAUGAAAUCAAGUCAUACUGAUAUAUAUGGUAGUCUUGAACGUAAUAAACAUAGUAAAGUAUCACAACCAGCAUUACAUGGUACAAUAAUAAACGAUGAAAAUGAUCGUAUUAAUAAAAAUGAUAAUCAAGCACAUGAUUUUUAUCAUUUAACACCAACAUUACCAACACAAACAAAUACAACAUCAACUGUUGUUAAUGUUGGUAAUAUACUUCAACAACAACAACAACAACAAGCAUUUGAUCAUAUUGAUUCAAUACCACCUCCAUUACCAGUAACAUCAUCAUCAAAUCGUUCUCGUCGUCCACCACCAUCUGUCUUUCAACCACAUUUUGAUUCAUCAUUAUCAUCAUCAACAACAAUAUCAACCCCGAAAGAUAGUUAUUAUACAAUAUCAGGCUCGAAAGAUGUAUCGACGCAUCCACAUCCACAUAUUCAUGGUCUUGUUGCUGAGAAUUUCUAUAAUGGAACAUAUCCCAAUAAACCACCACCAGCACCACCUCAACAACAACAAUCAAUGCAAAGAUAUGAUACAUCACCAUUACUUGUACGACGUUUAGACCAUACAUAUCCAUCUCAAGCAAGAUAUCAGUCUCAAUCAUAUAAUCGUACACAAUCAAGUUCAGUGGUACCAACAUCACAAGUAUCAACAGGUCGUUUAAAUGCGACUAAUCAAAACCAAUCAUCAGCAUUACUUUUUCGUCCGCAUAGUUCACAAUCAUCGAGUUCACAAUCAUCAGGACCGAAUUCUGGAAGUUUACAUGUUGCUGAAGAAUUUUCUGAUGAUGUACUUGGUUGGCUUAAUAAUAAUCAUGGAAAUUCUGCCACUCUUGUUGGCUCUGGACCUGAAUGGAACACUUUAAGUACUACUUGGGGUCCAAAUCCACUUAGUCAUGAUUACUAUGUUAAACAACCGUUAACGGUUGAAGAAGCAAAGAACGAUGGAUUCGAACAGUUUUCAUAUGCAUGCCAAGGAAAAUUUAUUGGACAACGCUUUGUAAAAAAUAAAGAUGUUGGUUUAAUUUUAAUUUAUGAUAGCAAAGGUUUUAUUGCUGGUAUACAAAUGGGUAUUCCAGCUUCAAUGAUUAAUGAUACAUAUUACAAAUUUUCUCAACAGAAAAUGUUUAAUCGAGAUACAGUUCUGGGUAUUGAUGUUUACAUUCUAACAGCAUAUUUUAUUGAUCCCAAGACAAUAUGUACAUCAGAUGGAAAUACAAUUCAUCGUGAAAGAAAUGACAUAGGAACAGCACUUUGGUUACAAAAUGGUACCGAUCCAAUUGGUGAUUCAUCUCUUAUACCGAUACAUCAAGCUGAAGCAGACAAAACACAAUGGGUUAAAGGUGCAUGUUUUCCAUCGAUGGGUGUUCAUUAUUGGUAUGACAAUCGACUUGAUUCAGAUUGUGAAAGAUACUUUCCUAGUUUUCUUAUGUAUAACAAAGGUAAAUUAACAGGAUUUGGUUGGGCUAUACUUGGUAAAUAUGAUUUUACAAAACGAACUGAAUUUCCUCCAUUACCAGCUAUUAGCUCAUUUUUAAAACCUGUUCCAACAUGUAUGCCCGAUAAAUAUCAUCAAGUUGGUGGUUUUACAACAAUGCAUAUUUACUUCAAUACAGCACCAUGGAAUUUAAUCUGUUGA